ACUGCCUGCAGUCACGGUCCCGAGUCACAUGAAGCGUUUCACACAGCAGAUAUAUAUCUAUAUCUAUAUUCUCCAUGUAGCCAUUGCGGUCUUUUUUUGCGGUGAAAGUUGUCUUCGCCCUUAGGAGCCAAACCGCCUUCAACGUGCAGGAAGAUUAAGAAUCCAACAUGGACGAGGACGGGCUGCCGAUCGUCGGUUCUGGUGUCGAUCUCCUCAAGGUUCCUGCGAUUCCACAGAGGCGAGUUGUCGCCUACCUCAACCAGUUCGUCGUGCACACGGUUCGGUUCCUGAACCGCUUCUCCACGGUGUGCGAAGAGAAACUCGCAAACGUAUCGCUCCGCAUCCAGCAGAUCGAGACGACCCUCAGCAUUUUGGAAGCCAAGCUGUCCUCCAUUCCCGGGCUGGAGGACGUCACGAUCGAUGGAGUCGGUCAGCGGCAACCCGCCCCGGCCAACGGACCUUCUCCCGCCGGUCACGUCCACACAGACGCUCCAACGGCACGGACCCUGCCUCCGCCGGAGCCGGCUCCGGCGGCUCCGGAGCCCGCCGCCACUCCGAAAGCAGACGCCUCCGCAGACAACGUCCUGACGGUGGCCAAGGACCCGCGCUACGCGCGCUACCUGAAGAUGGUGCACGUGGGAGUUCCAGUUAUGGCUAUAAAGAAUAAAAUGGUCCUGGAGGGUUUGGAUCCUAACUUGCUUGACACGCCGGACGCCCCCGUGCCCGACGGAGGAGCGAGGAGCGCAGAGGAUCGGGAGGCCGCCGCCAGCAGCUCCGACAGCGAGUCGUCUUUCAGCGACUGACCUUCCCCCCCCCCCCCCCCCCUCACAAAGCUUCCCCGUAGAAGCCCCCCUCACGCUCCUCCGAGCUCCUGCAGGCCUGUCGAGGAGUCGGUUGCGGGGCGCUUGUGGAGGAGCACCAGCGAGGAAGGGGGGGCAAAACGUCAGUGCCUGAAACGGGAAACGUCCACCACAGUGAUUGUAAUUUCAAAAGCACUGAAUUUCUUUGGUCGGUGACCUCAAUUUUGAUAAUUUUUAGUAUUUUUGACAAACGGGGAAUCAUUUCCUGUUGAUUAUGUCCACAGUAGACCUCAACGUGUGGCAGUAGAGAGUCGUUCUACACCGUUAAAGUUAUCGGUCUUCUCCGAUUGUCACAUCGUAAUGCCUUGAAGAGAUGCAUCAGUUGAAUGUUAUAUAGAUAAAUUAAUAAAUGUAUGUUGGAUACUUUGAGUGUUUGACACGUACAUUGUAAUUCUGCCUGUUCAGUCAAAGGGAGGACAACUAUCAAAAGAUGCUUUCAGUUUCAGUAUCACAAUACCAGUUUCAAUGGGAAGGAGAAUCACAUGUCCUUCAUCAUGUGGAUUUCCUUCCUCAAAUUCAGCCACCGCUGAAGUAUUCGGAUGGAAUCAUUGCAGCAAUAUUUUGACCUUUCACAGGAUGCUAAAUACCACUGAGAUCUAUGAUUUCAAUGAGUUGUCUGAUCACGUGGUGGUGGCCCUGUUGGAGGAACACCAACUACAGUGCGUUCAGUUGUUGAAUCUUUGUGCCGUUCAUUUGAAACUACAUUCCAGUGACUUUCGGAGAGUACUCUGACCUUUAUUUUGGCACACAUUUUUAAAUGGAUUUAAUUUUGUGGUUUUUGGCCAUUAAUUUACACAUAACGUUGCAGAAAAGACAUUUUAUUAGCCUUUUUUUGUUGAAAAAAUAUUUGUAUUUUGUAAAAGCUGCUGCAUGUGUUGUACAGGGGGAAAAACACCUUAUAUGACAUGCAAGACAAUAAAUGAUGAAUAGUA